GUGGUAUGAUCUCAUCCCUACAGCAACUGCAUAGCGUAGCAAGGCAAACCUUAACUUUGUAUCAAACUUCUAAGUUACAUCUGUGAAGGAGGCGCUGGGAUCGUUGUGAUUUUGACCGGAACGGAAACAGUUUAGUAAAAGUCAUAUACAUAAAGGUGUUCUAGCAUUUUUACAUUGAAGUGUCAUCCACGACAAUCAAAAGGGGGAAAAACGCUUAGUAUUGUGUUGUGGUCCAGCCAUCCAACGGCUGCGGGAAAUAGAAAAGGGUUGGAGCCGUUUGGAGUGAUGAGAGCCCAGCAGAGCUGUGGACAGACUAGUUCUAUGGUGGUAUGCAGGCCUGAACACUGAGCAUCCAGCUCCUCCAACAGCACAGCCAUGCCCUACCGCCGAGUGCCCUGGUGACCAGCCCUGGCCUUGGCACCAUGACUAGCCUGAGGCGCCCACCCACGGAGCGCACCGCAGGCGGCUCUGUCCCUGCCACUGAGGAGUUCCACACCCGCCACCUUCGCCUGGCCAACGGAGGGGCAGGCCCAACACGCCCGGACGGCGCCCACCCUCCUGGGGGCCCGGGCGUGCCCAAAAUGGGGGUGAGGGCGCGGGUCGCCGAAUGGCCCCCGAGGAAGGACCCUGGAGCUGUGUGGCAAGUCGACCCGGAGCCUGACCCCCAGGGCGUGGCUGCGCGGGGGCGGAGUCAUCCGAAAACAAUGAGCCCCCAGGACUCCUCCAUGCUCCGAAACAUCCACAACACCCUGAUGAGUAAAACCCAGGGGUCCCGCCGCAGCCCGGACAGCCGCUGCCUGUCUCCCGGAGACUGCCAAGGACCCUCCCACAGAAACACCCACCGGGUCCGCCAGCGCAGCAACAGUGACAUCACCAUCAGUGAGCUGGAGGCCGCGGGGGACAGCGGGGAGGACUGGGGGCCUCUACACAGGGAAUACGGCAGCACCUCCUCCAUAGACCAGCACGGGGCGUCUGGGGAGAGCUUCUUCCAAAUGCUGAAGGGUUACCAGGGCGACAAACCUGACCAGCGCAGCCCGGCCCCAAGCAGGGUGGAGGACCUGCUGACCGCCGGGCUCAGGCAGGCCUCUAUAGAACUACACGAGGAGACUAGUGAGAGCCAGGCGUCCGGUAGAGUCAAGGAGAGAGAGAAGGCCCCGAAGAGACGCUCCAAGUCGGAGACAGGAGGCGAGUCCAUAUUCCGGAAGCUGCGCAGCGUGAGGGGGGAGUUGGACUCGCCCCGGCUCGGUUCUGACGCUGAGGAUGGCCGGUCGGACGACGGGGUCUCCCCCGUCAAGCCCUGGGUGUGCCCGAAAGGCUUCGCCCACUACGACGUGCAGAGCUUGAUGUUUGACCUGAACGAGGUGAUCCAGAGCCGGCAGACGGCGGCCGGGAAACGGAAGAACACCACGACCGGGGCGUCUGCCGCAGCUGCCGCCUCCACCACUUCCACCGUGUCCUCCACCCAGAGCCUGGUCUACAGCUCCCCCGCCGGCAGCCAGGAGGAGCUCAGCGCCGGGGCCAGGGACAGCCCGGCCAUGGACCCUGGGGACGAGCAGAGUAACGAGCUGCUCCUCAGCUGCCCCUGCUUUCGCAACGAGAUCGGGGCGGAUGGCCGGCGUGCGGCCGGGUUGGGGGCCCCCAGACUGGGGAGCGGGGGUUCGGGGAGCCUAGGAGGGGAGUGUAGUCUGUUUGAGUCAUCCCUCAGCUCCCACUGCACUAACGCCGGUGUGGCGGUCAUGGAGGGGCCGAAGGAAAGCCCCAGUGCCCUCAGUGACAGAGGCAGACAGUAUAUUGUAGAGCAUGUGGACCUGGGAGCCUACUACUACCGGAAGUUCUUUUACCUUAGAGAGCACUGGAACUAUUUUGGGGUGGAUGAGGCUCUGGGUCCAGUGGCAGUGAGUCUUCGCAGGGAAAAGCUGGAGGAGGACAAAGAACACGGCCAGCAGUACAACUACCGGCUCAUCUUCAGAACCUCAGAGUUGACCACACUCCGGGGUUCUGUUCUGGAGGACGCGGUGCCCUCGUCCUCCAAGCACGGCACAACACGUGGCCUGCCCCUGAAGGAGGUCCUGGAGUACCUGCUGCCGGAGCUGGACGUGCCCUGUCUCCGCCUGGCCCUGAACACACCCAAGGUCACAGAGCAACUGAUGAAACUGGACGAGCAGGGGCUGAGUUUCCAGGUGAAGGUGGGGGUGAUGUACUGCAGGGCCGGGCAGAGCAGUGAGGAGGAGAUGUACAACAACGAGACGGCCGGUCCAGCCCUGGAGGAGUUCCUGCAGCUCCUGGGGGAGAGGGUCCGCCUCAAGGGCUUCACCAAGUACCGUGCCCAGCUCGACACCAAGACGGAUUCCACUGGCACACACUCCCUGUACACGGCCUACAAGGACUAUGAGAUCAUGUUCCACGUGUCCACCCUGCUGCCCUACACACCCAACAACAAACAGCAGUUGCUGAGGAAGAGGCACAUCGGGAACGACAUCGUGACCAUUGUGUUCCAGGAGCCAGGGGCUCUGCCCUUCACCCCCAAAACCAUCCGUUCGCACUUCCAACACGUGUUCAUCAUCGUCCGUGUGCACAACCCUGGCACUGACAACACCUGCUACAGUGUGGCUGUGACUCGUUCCCAAGACGUGCCCUCCUUUGGCCCUCCGAUCCCCAAGGGCGUGACUUUUCCCAAGUCCACCGUCUUCAGGGACUUCCUGCUGGCCAAGGUCAUCAACGCUGAGAACGCUGCACACAAGUCAGAGAAGUUUGGUGCCAUGGCAACACGUACACGGCACGAGUACCUGCGGGACCUGGCAGAGCGUCACGUGACCAGCACUCCGGUGGAGCCUACAGGGAAGUUUCCUUUCAUCUCAUUGGCUCACAAGCGGAGAGAGAGGGUGCGGCCAUACAGCGGGGCGGAGCUACGGAGCCUGGGGGCGGUGACAUGGCUGGUGCAUGCGGAGGACCAAGUAGCUGGGGCAGAAAGGGAGUGUCUACUGGCCAUCUCCAAUGACUUCCUUAUCCUAUUGGAUCAGGAGGCCAAGGCUGUGGUUUUCAACUGCGCCACACGCGACAUCAUUGGCUGGUCUUCGGGCAGUCCCGCCUCCAUGAAGAUCUACUAUGAGCGUGGGGAAAACGUGUCACUGCGCUCCAUCAACAAUAACACCGAGGAUUUUGGAGAGGUGGUCAAACGCUUAGAGCUGUUGACCAAGGGCAGCCAGACUACAGAGAUGACCCUGCGGAGGAACGGCCUGGGGCAGCUGGGCUUCCAUGUCAACUUUGAGGGCAUCGUGGCAGAGGUGGAGCACUACGGUUACGCCUGGCAGGCCGGGCUACGCCAGGGCAGCCGGCUGGUGGAGAUCUGCAAGGUGGCCGUGGCGUCGCUGUCCCACGAGCAGAUGAUCGACCUGCUGAGGACCUCUGUCACCGUCAAAGUUGUCAUCAUCCCGCCGCACGAGGACUCCACCCCCCGCAGAGGCUGUUCCGAGCUGUACCACAUGCCCCUGGUGGACUAUAAGAACCACAAGGAGGGGAUGCCCUAUGAGUUUAAGUUCCCCUUCCGCAGUAACAACGGCAGCAAGUGGCCGCGCACGUCCUCCAGCCCACAGAGCCGGGCCACCGGAGCCCAGGGAGGGACACUCAUCAAGGCCCCAGCGUCAGACUACCAGGACCGGGCUGGAGUCAUACCCCGCAGUGUGUCCAGUGAUGGGCGCCCCUUCAACCCCAAAAGGUAUUCCCCAGGGAAUGAUAACUAUGCCCUGGCCUGUUCUAUCGUGAUGGGCCGCUCACCCCACACCCGCAACUCCCCAAUCAGCCUCUCCUAUACUGACAGCGGGACCAUGGGCUCCAACCACUGGAGACUGAAGUCCAUGCCAGAUGGGUUCAGCAACAAUAACCGCCACUCCCCUGUGUCAGCUGAGCGCCAGGGAGGGGGAGAUGUCGCUAACACGACUAAGCCUACCGCCGGGUGUCCCAGAGAGGGAGAGGGGGGCACCAGGGCAGCCAGCAGAGCCACAGCAGACCCUUUUGUCUCCAAGGCUGCAAUACCUCGUGUCCAGCAGCAAGAGCAGGGGGGAAACCUGUCUCCCAACAAGAACAUCAAGGUUGAAGCUUCUUACUCUUCCAGCCAAUCAGGCAGCAACACCCUAUCCAGUAAUGCCUCCAGCUCCGCCCACAGUGAUGAGAAGUGGUAUGAGAUUGGCUCUGGCCAUACAGGGGCACGGCCAGACUCCGAUCUCAACGGCUACCUGCAGGCAGCGUCCACAGACAGCGGCAUCGAUGCCACCUCCUACGGAGCCCCAGGGUCGGGCGGGUCCAGGGCCCAAGAACGGCGGACCCCAGACGUCUCCCUGCCGAUCCAGGAUGUGGUCGCCGCCCCGGGAAGCUCAGAGGACCCGGCCCAGAGUACCCACGUGUUCUCCCCGGCCCCAGACAGCGGUUCCUACACCCUCAGUGAUGCUGCUUCCCAUUCCAGUACUCUGAGCUCGGGCCACUCUGGGAGUCCCAUGGGUCCAGGCUGCAGCCCCAGCUCCUCCCAGGAGGAGUCCGCCCUGGCCACCUCGCCCACCUCCCAGACCUCCUUAUCCCCCGGAGGCCCCAAGAGCUUCUACCCCCGCCAGGGAGCCACCUCCAAGUACCUGAUCGGCUGGAGGAAGCCUGGAGGCACCAUAAACUCUGUGGACUUUGGCAGUACACGCAAACGUCACCAGAGUGAUGGGUUGCUGGGUGGCCAGCCCCAACUCCGAGCCCAGCUCAGGGCCCAGUCCCCCCAGCGGGUCACCAAGUCCAGCCUGCAGGAGGACCUGAAGAAGCUUAUUACGCUGGACAGCCCCCCUCCCUCCCUCCAGGACCAGAAGCCGUCAUUCCCAGCCACGCCUCCUGUCCGGCGCUCUCUGCAGAGGACUCUGUCAGACGAGAGCAUCUACAGCGGACAGCGGGAGCCCUCGUACGCCGCGCGCCGGGAGAGCCCCACUGACCUGCUGUUCAGCUGCUCCACCAUGCCCCGCUCUCCCACUUCCCACCGCGCCCCAGCCAGGCGACCUUCCCACAAGUCUUUGGGUGACCUGUGUGAGGCGUCCAGACAGGACCAGGGGGGCAAGAAGCUGCAGCUCAGGGAGACGGGCCUCAUGCCCCUGCCUAACUCUGGACCUGACCACACUCUGGACUGGUCCAACCUGGUGGAUGCUGCCAAGGCCUUUGAGGUUCAGACCCUGUUAUCUGUCAAUGAUGCAAGCUCAAGGGCAGAGGUCCCAGCCACCAUCUCCCAGUCAGUUGAUCCCCAACAGAGAUAUCCCUCGCCUGGUGAGACACCAGCCAGUCUGCUGGGGAAAGUCAGCCAGCUGGAGUCCAUGGUGAAGCUGCUUCGGGAUGACCUUAAUAAGGAGAAGGAUGCCAAGGCCUCCUUGCAGGCCCAGAUCCAGAGCCUGAGGGAGGACAACCAGAGGCUCCAGGAGGAGUCCUACAACGCCUCGGCAAAGCUCAAGAAGUUCACAGAGUGGGUCUUCAACACCAUCGACAUGAACUAACUAUGUGCCAUACACAUGAACAGCUGAACACAUUAGGCCACAUCAAGCUCAUUCACAUUAUGGGUGCUCAGAACCACAGGACUUUAUCUUUGAGUCCUUGGACAUGGAACUGCGAUUCUGCUAUUGACAUGGACCAAUUCACAGUAAAUCUAAAUCCUGUACGACCAACAUGAACUGAAUCACGCCGGAUCUUUAGCAAUCCUGAACAGCAUCGUGAACUGGUUUGGAUCUUUACGACGGUCACCGUGACUCCUGUGAGGAGGAGAUACAAUGAAGACAGAGGUACUAUAGAGAGACUGAGAGAAGACUGGUCCCUUUCUUAGGAUCGGGUCUCGCUGUGCUGUAGUGUUCCUGCAUGUCUGACAGGUGUAAGAACUUUCCCUGGGCUGCGUGGACCCUCCCCAAAGAGACCUCGCUCAUCAGAGUCUGCCCCUUCAUACUGUACUGUUCUCUGCUGUGGAACUGACAGUCUUCUACAGGAGAGGUCCUGUGUUAUUUAACAUCUACAGUGCAAUGGUAUACAUAGGCGGUCUCUUUGCUGUGUAUUGAGUAUAGUGGAAUAUUUGUAUUGUAUGUUAAAGUGCCUCUGUAAUGCCUCUCCGAUUGAGACUCCAUAUGAAAAUGUAAGAAAUAUGAUAGGUUGCUGAGUAUACCUCACAUCUAGAGCAA